AUGAGUCCGUCGGACUUCAACAACAAACUCGUAGCCUUUGUCCGGUCCUAUGUUACUCUGCCCUCGGUGAAGCAAUACUUCGUCAAGUCGGAGAUUGGAAGUUUCGUGCACAAUAACGACCUGAACCACGUCUUUGCCAGCGGCGGGCUCCCAACCCCCGAUGAGCGGAGUGUCUGUCUCGUCAAACACGAAUUCGAGAGCGCAGAAAGCUUCGCCCAGAUAUACCAUCAGGCUAUGAACGACGCCGAUCUCCUCGAGCUUCAACUCGGGCCGAAGGCCGAAGAGCUGGAAUACAACUCUUCAAAGAAUCUCCUCUUCGCGUCCCGUCAUCAUGUUGACCACGAAUCUUCUUCGGCGACCCCGACCGGGUCCAAAAAGGCUUUCAUCGGGUUCUUCGGGCCGUUGCGCAACACGGCGGCUAUGAAGGGAGAGGCGGCUGUGCUGCUUGGGCUGCCAGCUUGGAGGGACCAUGUAGUGCGACAUACGCUGUGCUGGAGCAUGAACGACGAAGCAGUCGAGCUUGCGCUCGCGCCGCUGGGCCGGUCGGCAAAGCUGGACGAGCCUCUGAUGCUCGCCAUCAACGAGCUGAAGGACGACGACAGUGUCCACAAGAUUUUUGGGGACGCAGCAGUACAGAGCGAACUCGAGCGCAUCAAUCAGAUGCAUGUUCUCACGGGGAGCCAAAGUCACAGAUUUGCGGCCGACGUUGUGGUCCUCGUUUGA